UUUAGGAUUCAUGCCCGGAAUUUCAUUGAGCCUACCAUAAUACACAAGUGGAACCAAGAUCAACUGAAUCUUAUAAGACAGCUGCAAGAGGGAGGAAAUGUUGCUGUGGCUGGAGAUAUGCGUGCUGACACGCCAGGACACUCAGCAAAAUUUGGCAGCUACACCAUUAUGCACAUGGAAACCAACAAAAUUCUGGAUCUUCAACUAGUUCAGAGCAACGAGGUUGGUGGAAGUUAUCAUAUGGAAAAGGAGGGAUUGAAGCGUUGUCUCGAUAAGCUCGAGUCUAAUGGUUUAGCUGUUGACUACAUCGUUACCGAUCGCCAUCCGCAGAUUCAGAAGUACCUGAGGGACCGCAAUAUCACUCAGUUCUAUGACGUGUGGCACUUUGAGAAAGGUUUAUCUAAGAAACUUGACAAACUUUCAAAAAUGAAGGACUGUGAGGUGCUGAAAAAAUGGUUGCACAGCAUCAAAAACCAUGUUUACUGGAGUGCGAUUUCCUCUGAGUCUGGGCCAGAAAAGGUGGCGAAGUGGAAUUCACUGCAGAACCACAUCCAAAAUGUACAUGUUCAUGAGAACCACCUCUUCCCUAAGUGUGAACACCCAGACAAAGUUUCCAGGGAUCCAAAAAAAUGGAUCCAACCAGGAUCAAUAGCGCUCCAUAAAGUGGAAAAGCUAUUAUACAACAAGAGAGUUCUCAAGGAUAUAGAAAAGCUCAGCCACAACUUUCAGACGUCAUCACUGGAGGCUUUCCACAGUCUGAUUUUGCGUUUUGCCCCAAAGAACGUGAUUUUCCCUUUCAUAGGAAUGUUGUGCAGGCUGUAUCUUGCAGCAAUGCACUAUAAUGAAAAUGCUAACCGUGAGCAGGCAACAACAACUGAAGGACAGGCUGUGUAUAAGAUCGUUUUUCCAAAGUCCAAAAAAGGGGAAUGCACAGCAAAGCCAGUUAUAAUAGAACCAACAUACAACUAUGUCGAUGACCUUAUGAGCCUUCUGUUACAUAAAGUCUUUGUGGACCCCAAGCCAUAUGCGGAAGAGCUGCAUGCAAUCCCCAUUCCACCUCCUCUGUCAUCACAGUAUGAAAAACCUUCCAAAGAAGAGGUGAUUGCCCAGCGUGUGUCACGAUUCAGUCGAGGGGUGGCCGGAACCCAACAUACUGUCCCGCUGGAUCAGGAAACUGUAGACGGAUCCGGUUAA